AAAUCUUUGUCUCUGACCACCAACAGUGCAUUUUCAAUGUCUUGCCUCGAACAUAAACGAGGGUUACUCCGGAUGUGCUUUCAUGCAUGGCCGAGCAUCAUAUUGGUAGUGAUUUUGGCGCAGUACACCCGUUGUCUCGAUGAGUCUUCGGAUGAGACGAUCGUGUACCCGCAGUUUCUGGAAGGAAGGUCAGAGGACGGUGCAAGAAUUCUGAAACUCAACGACGAAAUGACCUUGCGUCUUGAGCAAAGAUCCGCGUUCGAUGACCAUCUGCUCAUCAGAACAGCGGGAGAAGAUGAUACACUAAUAGAAAAGUUUGUGGACGCCUCGGCGAUCAACCGCAAGCUUUUCCAAGAUCAACAUCACAUGGCUUCUGCAAUCGUAUCUGAAGAAGACGGACUUCAUGUGAGUGGCAUCAUCGGCGACGACAUACGCAUCCGUCCCCUUUUGACUAUGGAGCGAACAGCAGAGGGCCACGUUCCCCAUCUACUCUACCGAGAGAAAACAUUGUGGGGUGAAGCUGCUGUGCACGACCAAGUGUUCAUGCCCCGGUCAGAAGACCCCAGAAUCGAGGGUCGCCAAGACGUCACUGGGGAAAACAGCAUCAGUAGAAUCAAGCCGGAAAUACAUAUCGUAUUGGAUACCGUAUACUACAAACUCUUCGGUGGCAAUGAAAAUGACAUUAUCGCCUACUUCGGAGCCGUUCUUAAUUCAGUAAACCUCAGGUAUGAGACCAUCAAAGACCCGAGAGUCACUGUUAAGAUCACCGGCUUCACUCUCAAUAAGCCUGGCUACCAUGAGAAGUACAUUACGACAUUUGGCCGAUACGGGUAUGAGUUUCAGAAGUAUGGGGAUAUGCAAAGUACCUUGGAGGGCUUCAAGAAGACUUACAUGUCGUACCAGCCUAAUCUCUUUGCGAAAGUGGAUGUCCUCGUACUAGUCACAGGGAUGGAGAUGUGUGGAUUCCGGGAAAGCCAAUUACUCUGCGACGUCUCAGGAUUGGCUUAUGUAGCUGGAGCGUGCACACAGUACCGAACGACCAUUGUGGAAGACAAGCCGUGGUCAUACAAAGCCGUUCGCACCAUGUCACACGAAAUAGCCCACACCCUGGGAUGCGUUCACGAUGGCAAUGCCCCAGAUGAAGACAUCGAGGGACACCCCGGAGCCAAGGAUUGCCCAUGGUCCGAUGGCUACAUCAUGAGCUACGUACAGAACAGCACAAAAGAGUACCACUUCUCUCCGUGUUGUGCUAGACAGAUCAAACACGUGGCUAAUCUAAAGACCCGCGCGUGCCUGCAUACGAACAAUACACAGAAAGUAAUAACAACAACACGCGACUUGCCCGGCGCACAGACGUCCUUGGACCAGCUUUGUAAAACCACGUUUGCCUACAGGCGUCCCGAUUUCUACUUCGAUACGGCGGAAGGGUUCGUAGGAUGUAAAGUACCGUGCAGGAGCCCGGAGUUCUAUGAUGGCGCUGAUAGGGUGUACCGCGUUGGCACAACAUCUGCCUUGGACGGAACACCCUGCGAGGGUGCAAAAAUGAUAUGCAUACGCGGUGAAUGCGUACCGGCUCCCGCACGCAAAAAGAAGAAGGAGAAAAAGAAGAAAAAGGCCAGUACGGGAAAAUUGAAGAACCGGAAGACUCCGAAGAAAUCGAAGAACAAACCGAAGAAACCGAAAACUACCCCUACCACAACAAGAGCGACAACCAGGGUGACACUUCCAACGCCACCAAGCCGGGUUUUGACCUGGUACAGCGGCGGCAAAUGGCACCGGUUGAUCAUCCCGGGUUAACCGGGGUGCUCAUGAAGUUCACGCGCGUUGGCAUUGCCACAAACAUGCAACAUUCGAUCACAAUCUAGGCCACGUGGUCCGCUCUACCAUUUAUAUAUGUGCGCGCAAUAAAAUUGGUACAAUAACUUA